GUCCUUCCCAGCGCUUGAAGCCCCGCCAUGCUCGUCCUUCGAAGCGGCCUGACUAGGGCUCUGGCUAUGCGGAAGCUUGCGCCUCAGGUGUGCUCAUCUUUUGCUACAGGCCCCAGACAAUACGAUGGAACACUCUAUGAAUUUCAUACCUAUUAUCUUAAGCCCUCAAAGAUGAAUGAGUUCCUGGAAAAUACUAAGAAAAACAUUCAUCUUCGGACAGCUCACUCUGAAUUGGUUGGAUACUGGAGUGUAGAAUUUGGAGGCAGAAUGAAUAAAGUGUUUCAUAUUUGGAAGUAUGAUAAUUUUGCUCAUCGAACUGAAGUUCGGAAAGCAUUGGCCAAAGAUAAGGAAUGGCAAGAACAGUACCUCAUUCCAAAUUUGGCUCUUAUUGAUAAACAGGAGAGUGAGAUUACUUAUCUGGUACCAUGGUGCAAACUAGAAAAGGCUCCAAAAGAAGGUAUCUAUGAACUAGCUACUUUUCAAAUGAAACCUGGUGGGCCAGCUCUGUGGGGUGACCCAUUUAAAAGGAGAGUUCAUACUCAUAUCAAUCGAGGCUACACAAAACUAGUUGGAGUGUUCCAUGCAGAAUAUGGAGUGCUCAACAGAGUCCAUGUUCUUUGGUGGAAUGAGAGUGCAAACAGUCGUGCCGCUGGGAGACAUCAGUCUCAUGAGGAUCCCAGGGUUGUGGCAGCUGUUCGGGAAAGUGUUAACUUCCUUGAGUCUCAGAAGAAUAUGCUUCUGAUUCCUAUGUCAUUUUCACCAUUGAAAUAGUUUUCCAUUGAAAUACAAAGCAUUGCAUUAACUGCUAUAAGAUGUGUCUGCUAAUGGUACUUAAA